AUGGUCGAAUGGAACGACUUGAAGCCUUUACUCAUCUGGGUGCUCUACGCCGCCGCAAUCGAAACCAAGGAUCUGGCAGAACGUAGCCAGUUCGUCUUCAUGCUUGGCAUCCUGAUGAGUGGCAUGCAGCUGCAGGCGUGGGAUGAUAUCAUGUUGAUUGUGAAAAGCGUAUUGUGGGUGGAAAAGGUUUUCGCAGGUACUGAUGAGUUGAUUCGCGACGAGGUUAUGCAGAUUGUCAACCACAAUCCUAUGAACAUGUUCCCGGUUGAAACUACGCCGCCGCCAAGUUUCUUAGACGACUUUGCGGCGGAAACAGAAUAG